AUGGGAAGAGAAAGUGCGAGCUCUGAGAAGAUGAAGCUUCUCCUAUCAUUGCUCGCUCUUCAGUUUUGCUUUGCGGGUUUCCAUAUUGUUUCUAGGUUUGCACUCAACAUGGGUGUCAGCAAAGUUGUUUACCCAGUUUAUAGAAACAUCAUUGCACUGGUCUUAUUGGGACCUUUUGCUUAUUUCUUAGAGAAGAAAGAAAGACCGCCUCUUACUUUCUCAUUGUUGGUUCAAUUCUUCCUUCUUGCAUUAGUCGGGAUCACUGCUAAUCAAGGCUUUUAUUUCCUUGGUUUAUAUUACGCAUCUCCAACUUUUGCAUCUGCAAUGCAGAACUCAGUUCCGGCAAUUACUUUUGCCAUGGCUUCAGUUAUCAGGCUUGAGCAAGUUAAUAUUGCAAGGAGAGAUGGGUUGGCAAAAGUGGUGGGAACCAUUUUAAGUGUAGCAGGCGCCACCGUAAUUACUCUCUACAAGGGUCCUCCCCUUCUGCACUUAUCAGAGCACCCACUGGGAAAUUCAAUAGAAGAGAACACGUUUGUCGCUUCAAAGACUGUCCAGAACUGGACAUUGGGUUGUCUUUACCUACUUGGGCACUGCUUAUCGUGGUCUGGUUGGAUGGUACUUCAGGCUCCAGUACUGAGAAAGUAUCCGGCUAAGCUCUCACUAACUUCAUUUACGUGCUUCUUCGGAUUGAUACAGUUCUUGGUAAUAGCAUCCCUUGUAGAAACAGACACUGAUCGCUGGAUAAUCCAUUCCAAGGAGGAGCUCUUAACCAUCCUCUAUGCUGGAGUUGUGUCAUCCGGAAUUGUCAUUGCUCUUCAAACCUGGUGUAUUCACAAAGGAGGACCUGUUUUCGUUGCUGUCUUCCAACCAGUGCAGACUGUCUUGGUCGCAAUCAUGGCAUCCUUGAUUCUUCGUGAUCAAUUAUACUCUGGAGGGAUUAUUGGGGCAAUUCUCAUCAUGAUUGGCCUGUACUCUGUUCUUUGGGGAAAAAACGAAGAGAAGAAAGUCAUAGCACAAGAGAAGGAAGAGAGUCUGACAAAGCAUCUCCUUCAUGAUGUGGAAGAGGCACUUAAUAAAGAAGGUAAAAUUGAAACUGGCCUUCCAUGACAAACCCAUUUCCCAACAGCCAAUAGACAGUGAUCAGCUGGGAGACAAGCCAAGAUCUACGAAGAAGAAAUUGUGUCCAAUUGGUCUUAGAUGAGCUCUGCAACUAUGUAAAUUUCCUUUUUUUUUCUUUAUUUAGUAUUAAUAUAGUACAGGUUGGCUUCUGCCUAAGUGCAUUGAAGAGGCGCAUCUCAAUGAAGUUAGUUUUUAAGGUCCAGUGUGGUCCUAUAUGGCCAAGCUACAUGAAGGAUAUGUAUAUUACUAUUCCUGCUAAUUAAUU